UGAGUGAGAUCCGCCUCCGCUUCGCGCCCCCUGCAGGACCGGAGGAGCACCGCGUCUCCUCGCGCUACACCGCAGCCGCCAUAUUACCACACAGCCGAGAGGUGUUUGGAGUGUCAACCUCUUCUAAAAUCAGCACAAGAUUCCCCAAGGCUGCUCACGAGUAUACACUUUAAGCCCUGACAGGAGCAGCCAUACGUCCAGAUCAUGUCCGGCCCUGUCACGAGUCGAUCCCGCGUUUAUCCAGAUGUCAACACACAGAGACCGCGGGAAUACUGGGACUACGAGUCUCACGUCGUAGAGUGGGGGAAUCAAGAUGACUACCAGCUGGUGCGGAAACUCGGCCGAGGAAAGUACAGCGAAGUGUUCGAAGCCAUCAACAUCACAAACAACGAGAAAGUAGUCGUCAAAAUACUGAAGCCAGUAAAGAAGAAGAAAAUCAAGCGAGAAAUCAAAAUUUUGGAGAAUUUGAGAGGCGGCCCUAACAUUAUCACACUUCUAGACAUUAUCAAGGAUCCGGUGUCUCGAACUCCGGCUCUGGUUUUUGAACAUGUGAACAACACAGACUUCAAGCAAUUGUAUCAAACACUAUCAGACUACGACAUUCGGUUCUACAUGUACGAGAUCCUAAAGGCGUUGGAUUACUGCCACAGUAUGGGGAUCAUGCACAGAGACGUGAAGCCACACAACGUCAUGAUCGACCAUGAACACAGAAAGCUGCGCCUGAUAGACUGGGGUUUAGCAGAAUUUUAUCACCCCAGUCAGGAGUACAACGUCAGGGUGGCGUCUCGAUAUUUUAAAGGACCUGAACUGCUGGUGGACUAUCAGAUGUAUGACUACAGUUUAGACAUGUGGAGUUUAGGGUGCAUGUUGGCCAGUAUGAUCUUCCGGAAAGAGCCUUUUUUCCACGGCCACGACAACUAUGAUCAGCUUGUACGGAUUGCCAAAGUCCUGGGCACAGAGGACCUGUACGACUACAUCGACAAAUACAACAUUGAGCUGGACCCGCGCUUCAACGACAUCUUGGGAAGACAUUCCCGGAAGCGGUGGGAGCGGUUUGUGCACAGUGAGAACCAGCAUCUGGUGAGCACUGAAGCUCUGGACUUCCUGGAUAAACUCCUGCGCUACGACCACCAGGCCCGACUGACCGCCCGCGAGGCCAUGGAGCACCCCUACUUCUAUCCCAUAGUGAAGGACCAGGCGAGGAUGGGCUCCACUUCAGGACUGUCCACUGGCUCCACUCCGGUCAGCACGUCCAGUAUGAUCACAGCAGGAGGCGUCACGUCUCUGUCGUCGAAUCAGCCGAUGGCCAACAUGGCAGGUUCUCCAGUCAUCUCGUCUCCCAGUGCUCUCGCCACACAGGUUCCUGCCGCCGCCGGAGCGCAGCCCUGAACCUCUGUCUCUCUGCCCUGGCCCACAGUACACUAACCAGACACAGAGACUCACUUAGCUUUCUUUUUUCUUUUUUUUCUCUUUUCAUUUCUUUUUUUUUUCCAUACAAUAAUUAUAUAUUGAAGCUCGGACACACAGCAGACAGUUGUUAUGUUGCGUCAGUGUCCGGCAGUCUUUCCUGAUGAUGAUGGUGUCUAUAUAGAAGCCAAUACAGUGUAGAAAUUCUGAAAAAUGGAUAAUAAAAUUUAUUUUAUAUGUCCCUA